UAGACCUUCAAGGUGACUGCGUACCUCACCUUGACUUCCUUACCCAGGCCCCGCGGUGCUGCGUUCCUCGACCAGGCGACGGUCGACAGACACCAGUUCUCUGCCAACACGUUCUGGCACAUCGCCUUCAGUAUCGCCUUCGUACAGAUGGUGCGCAAUAUUGGCAGCGUACAGUGGCUCGUUAAGAGCUUUGCUCGUGUCUUUAAGGCUCGGAUGCCGAGGCCGUUGCUACUCCCGCGUCGCCCUUCACCGAACGGAGCGAUUUUAUGUGUUCUGUCAAGCUGUAUGGCGGCUUCAUGACUGCGUCCGAACCCCAUCUCACGAUAGCCUCUGGUUUCUCGCCGAUUGUUAGCAAGGUGCCGUCUGCGUACGCCAACCCCGGCAUCCCGCACCUGAUGGCGGCCUCGGUGGGGCUUAUACUCCACAAACAUUUGGGUCAGCAAGAUGCACAUGCUCUAGCAAGCGGUAUCUGAGAUGUGCCGCCGGAGACUGUGGCGACCAAAGCAAGAGCAGGCCUGUAAAUGCGUUUGCAGGCAUUCGGCCAAGGUACCCUCUCGGGUCUUAUUGUUGCUAGCCUGAUCUUGU